AUCAGUUCAGUAUUUUGAAUUGAGAACUAGAGACAAGUCGGUAAGUGGUUCAGCUUUAUCAGGCACAAGGAGUAUGAAUUUCUUCGUUAAUACGAAAAUAGAGCGGCCAUGAACAAUAAUAGUUUUCUGUUAAAACCUCCGUUUCCUUCCCACCAUGUCUGGCGCUGAAAAGCUGAAAAUUCGUCAACAACUUGGCACACAUUUGAGAUCGACGGAAAAACUGUCGUUCAUGAAGAGGCUUGUCUUAAAACUAUGCUAUCUUUGCCUCAUAUUCGUCUACGUCUGCCUCUGUGCUGUGGCAGCCGAAUCAAGCCACGAAUCUGGCGCAGCUCACGUUGAUAAUUUGACCCUCAGAGAGCAGAAUUUCGGGCAGACCGGAAAUGAGGAACAGGAAACGGAAGUGGCGGAUUCGAGUAAACGUUGGGCGGAGGUGAACGUUGAAAAGGCAGAAAAUUACUUGUCUCUCGAUGGGCACGAUGAAAGCCUGCGUGGCACAGUGGUCGAGAGAAAACAGAAUCAACCGAUAGGCGUGAGCGUUGAAACCAAGCCAAAGCAUGAGUUCUCUCUGAAAAAAACCGUGCCGGUGGGGCGCAUUCAAGACGAUUCUUACUCGGUCGAUUAUGACGCAAUAAAUGUAGGACCUGAUUACAACGGGCCAAGGUUAAAAGACGGUAUAGUUUCACUGAAGUUCAUGAGGGAUCUAGUCCAGCAUUUCAGAGUGAAAAAAAGACUGCACUCUAAGUACGCUUACCAAAUUAUACGUAAAAUACGGAAUUUUUAUAGGAGACAGCCGUCACUACUUGAGAUAAAAGUUCCGAAAGGUGAGAAUAUCACCAUUUGCGGUGACAUCCACGGUCAGUUGUACGACCUCCUCAACAUAUUUGAGAUGAACGGGUGGCCCUCGGAGACGAACAGGUAUUUAUUCAACGGCGACUUCAUUAACCGGGGUCGCUACGGCGUCGAGUGCGCUCUACUUCUCUUCGGAUUCAAACUUCUCUACCCCAAAAGAUUCUUUUUGAAUCGGGGCAACCACGAGAGCAAAAUGAUGAGCCACUACUUCGGAUUCGACGACGAGGUAAAGUUCAAGUAUUCGCAAAAAAUGCUCGACAUGUUCGGGAAGGCUUUCCGGUGGCUCCCAUUGGCGCAUCGCAUCGACAAGAAAAUUUUAGUCGUCCACGCUGGCUUGUUCAGCAAAGACGGCGUCACUAUCUCUGACAUCAAGCACAUCGAACGGAACUGUGAACCCAUCCACAGUCCAUUGAUGUUUGAUAUGCUGUGGUCAGACCCGAAGUCGACGGAUGGUCGAUCCCCGAAUUUCAUGCGAGGCGCCGGCAUAGAGUUCGGUCCUGAUGUCACUCGGAGCUUCUGCCGCCGAAACCAAGUGGAGUACAUCAUACGGUCACACUACCCACCCAAGGAAGGCCACAGAACGGAUCACAACAACCGGAUCGUGACCGUUUUUUCGGCCCCCAACGACCAAGCGGGAAACAAAGGGGCGAUCCUCAAGCUCACUGCGCCUAAAUUUGAGCCGCAGUUCGUGACCUUCACGCAAAUGCCGGAGUGGGAUAUGGACCACGGUGAAGGUGUUGAGAGUGAUCAUCCUAUCAAUGACAGUCAACAAAUUAAAGAUACUGCGCGCAGCAUGAAAGGCAAACCAUCCCCAGUAUCUGCAACGUCCAAGUACUUCCCUUAGCGUAUCAGUGGCGAAGCGUGAAUGAUCGAUAUUUCCUCAUUUGAAGCUAUGAUAAAGAAUCGAUUAUUAAAGUGUUCGUUGGGUACACCCUGAUUUUCGAUCCUUCUCCAUAGGUUUAAAGGGCAGAUCAAUCUAUGUAUUCGCAAAACACGCCAUGCCACUGCUUAGCGUAUGACAAAGUUCGAAGGAAAAAGACAAAUGUUCGACCGCAGAAUAGAUCGCUCGUCGUGCGUCAAGAGGAAUGUCAAAUCCUGCUUGUAUGAAAAUUAUCAUAAUUGAAGCGCUGGGUGCAAAUAGGGCAUUUGGACGUAUUCAUGCUAAAAAGAACUAUGUGCAUAGGGUUUGCGUGUAAUAUAGUUCCUUUUAGCAUAAAUAUGUUCUCUUCUUGUUUGCAGUGUCUCAAAAUUUACGCUAAAACGUUUCAUCCAUCAUGAUUAAAGCAAAUAUGUAUGUGAUUCGUUGUAAGUUUUACUGGAUAUUCUUAUGAUUUUACGAUUCUAAAAACGUAAAAUUCCAUGAAAUUCACCUGAUAGUUUCCUCUCUAAAUUCAAAAUUAGUACUGAAGAUUCUGAAACACCGCAACUGAGAAAUGCUGUUUCUGUACCCAAUUCCUCAAUUACUGUACUACGAAUGCGUACAUUAAGAUGAUUCCUCUUCAGGAGUGCAUAAAAUUGGUUUAUCUGACAAAUAAAUAUUUAUAAUUUUCCACUUUUCCAAAAGAAAUUAGAAUAUCAGUUCAUAAACUACAGCAAACAAGCAAAGAGAUGCCCACAGAUCACAGAAUACUCGGCUAACGCGACUUCGAGCAUUGGGCGAGAUUCUGAAGGCGCUGUGAUGCAACUAUUCCAGCUCGAUGACUGUCCGUGUUGCAUGCGAAAAAAUUGAAGGCGCUCUUGCUGUCGGCGCGGUCACGACAAUUAUAGCCUCGCGUCUAUUCCCGUUCAUUUAGCCUUCAUUUGCAUGUUAUCUAAUUGAACACGCUAAAAAAUUCAUUUCGAUUAUUAUGAAUAGCCUCUACAUUCAUUUAUCUACUUUUAGUACAUUUAUUAGUAAUGGUUUUAGUAUGUUAACUUUGAGUGAAAAAAGAUGUGAAGUCGGGGAUUUUUACGGGAUUCCAAAUCAUGGAAUGCAUGAAGAGGUCUCAAAAUUCUUCUCUGAGUUUCCACAAGAAUCAUGAAUCAUUUAUGAGUUGCAAGUAGAGAAAAUUGGUCUGAUAUGUUUUUUUACCUUAAUAACCUCAUUAACAUGUGAAUAGUAGUUAGUUCAUGGCUAAUAAUAAGAGAUUGAUUUCCCUCUCGACAAAUUAUGGGUUCUUCUACAUUCAUCGCACAAUUUGUUCAUUUUUUAAAUUUUUAAUUGGAGUUCAUAAUGCAUGUUUUAUAAAAGGAGUAAACAUAUUGCGGGUAUCUCUCAACUUUGGCGUUUACGAUGUUUUCGGAUAUUUAAGACAAGAAACUCUUCUCUUCACUUUUUCACUUCCAUGAGCAAUUUUUAUUUUUUUUUUUAUUUUUAUUUUUUCGUAUUAUCGAAGUUAUCCCUUUUUCGAAAUAAUCACUAAAAUGUGUGUUGCACUAAUGACACAUUCAAAACGUUCCUCAUGAUAAAAUAAUUUUAAAAUUUGCGAAUGAAAUAAAUAUAUAAAAGACCGAUGCAAUUGAGAGAGAACUUUUUUUCCCCCAACGUUGUUUUCGUGGUGUAACAGCCGCAUUAGAUAUUAGCAGUUUUAUCGAGAGCCGAACAAAAUGGAGCUUACACUAAUACGAGGCCUAAUUUAUAUGUUUCCAUUUGCGGUUCGGCAGAAUUUAAUGCAAUCCUCCCCUCGGCCCCCUCCAUCGUGACAACAAUAGUCAAGGCUAUUAUUCCGCACAAUACGUAGUUCCGUAGGAUUAUGUCAUGGCAUUCGACUUCGAGUUUCCCGCAAUCGCUUUGCAAUUGGAUUACAUUUUGCAAUAAGGAACCACUAUCUCUGGCUCUCUCAUAAAAGCACGUAUCUGCAUAGGGAAGCCAACGGCAUAUAUGUUGUUUCUAAAAUGGGCCAGAAAUAGUGGUUCCUUUUUGCCAAUUGUAUUCCUGGUUUUCGUCCACUUAUCGGGCUUGCAAACUUUCACUGUAAACACAUCACUUUUGCCGAGGUGCGUCCAAUGUAAUCAUAUGCGUAUACACAGUCCGUGUAAACGCAAGAGUUGGGCGCAUACAAUAUACUGUACAGGAGGGUAUGGGGGUACAAGGGGGUGGGGUGUGUAUUGAUGAUUCUUACGUUAGAGAAACUUAGUACAGGAACGAUCUCCAUUGUAAUAAAAAGAUAAUUUUAUCAGCCCUUUGAGCCGGCUACACAAUAUAAAUGUAAUUUUAUUAUCAAUUAGUUGUAACUUCUCACACUUACUCAGAGAAAAAAAUAAUAAAAAAAUAUAAAAAGGAAGAAAUGAUGUGCCUUAAGCAUUAAUUGAUCCGAUUUUUGAGAUUCCGUUCACCUAUUCGUGAGAUGAAUAACUCCGAGCCGGACGGAUCGUGUUCUGAUCUUUUGUGCGGUUCGUGCGCAACUGAACACGAAAGCUGAUGGAGAACAAAGGCAUAAUGCACACAGUGAACAUUACACAUAGGCUGCUGCCUCGGCAUUUGUCUGUUAUUAUGCAACCUGUCCUACACACGUGCAGUGAGUGAACUCAUACGGCUCACUCAACUACGAGCAACAGGUUAGAAAAUCAGAGCCCAGAGUUGCCGUUCAUCGAAUCCUUCCAUCGGGAAUUCUACUGUGUUACUUCCAUUUCCCAUUUGAAAUAAGAGACAUCGUUGGAGAAUAACAAAUAUUAUUCGGCUACCUUAGUUAGCAUUGUUUGCGGAAUCAAUAAGUUAAUAAAUAUACUCAUGAAAA